AUGUCUGAUCUUUCCCCGUCCAUGGAUGAUUCAAAGCCACCUCCACCAGGUGAUGAAUACGAGGAAAUCAGGGAGCAGGAUCGUUACCUUCCCAUUGCCAACAUUGCUCGGAUAAUGAAAAAUACACUUCCAGAGAAUGCCAAAAUCGCCAAAGACUCCAAGGAGACAGUUCAAGAGUGUGUUUCAGAGUUCAUCUCUUUCAUCACUUCAGAAGCUAGUGACAAAUGUUUGCAGGAAAAGAGAAAAACGAUCAACGGGGACGAUCUUUUGUGGGCCAUGUCGACUCUAGGAUUCGACAAGUAUGUGGAACCCCUGAAACUUUACUUGAACAAGUACAGGGAAGCUGUUCGUGGGGACAAACCAGAGAAAAUCGGCGGAGGAGGUGGAGGAAGAGCGUCACAUAUGGAUGGAGGUAUCCCGCCAUCGUAA